CUUAACAUCGAUCAGAGCGUGUUCGAAAACUUGUGACCUUCAGUGAAUAGGGCUCUUUCGCGGUCGGGUACUAAUUCCCAAGACGAGAAAGCCCCACAGCCGGCUUUUAUCACCACCCUCGUCCCCCUUCCUGGCUAUGAAGAGGAGGGCACUCUUGGAAAUGAGGAAGACGACCAAGACUCGGAGAGGCACAUUUGGUGGUAAUGUUCUUUCGAACAGGGGGUUAUCACCACGAGGGCAGAAAGGACUUAGAUAGUAACGAACCGAUGAGAGAGAGGAGAGAGCGACAGAGAAAGAGGGCCACAUUAAGAGGAGGUCCCUUCCAUUCACCACUACUGGAUACCCCCAGUAUUAUGCUAUGAACUGGAUAGAGGGAAGGAAGAGCGAGAGAGAGAGAGAAAGAGAAAGAGAAAGAGAAAGAGAAAGAGAAAGAGAAAGAGAGAGAGAGAGAGAGAGAGAGAGAGAGAGAGAGAGAGAGAGAGAGAGAGAGCUCGAUAGUGGUCGUACCUCGUAGACUUACUUACGUACUCGGGGUAGGGACGUGGUAGCGUAGAUGGUGCUCAGUAGGACCCAGGGCAACAUUGCUACUCUGAAAGGAGCGAGAAACCUAAUGAAGCGCGUACCCACCAAGGAUUGGCAAAUGUCAAGUUGUGUUUGAACUCGGAGUCCUUUCCGAAUAGCAGGAAGAUUCCUUCCAAACGUGGAGAAGGCUUCCAAUACCAAUGUGAUCUCACGCCAGACCACAACUUUGAGGCAACCAUAGGCGUUUUGUUCUCGCUGUGGCCUCACAGCCUCGGAAAUGAGCAGUGGAGGUGGACCAGGCGUGGUUGAGCGGGCCUCCAAAGAGAUCUCCCGUCGGAUUCACUCACUCGGUUUCAAGUCUUCAUCCUCCAAACGGACCAAGUCGGUGGACUCGGAUCCAAACUCCCCCAUAGUCCCGUCCGAUAGUAUUUCCGCUUCAACGACAGCGGCUGUCGACAAACUCAACGGCAAUGAGGUCCCCACGGACAGCUCGCCCUCAACGUCCUCUUCUACGGGGAUGUCCUCCAAAAUGGGGACCAUCAUUAAGGGUAGUGUUAUGGACAAAGUGACCCACGUGUUUGGAUCAGCCGGAAUGGGAAACUCAAAUAACAAAGACAAACAGGCCGCUGCAGCAGCUACAGCCGCAGCAGCAGCCACGGCUACAACGGUAGCUGCUAAUCAGGCGUCGGACAACUCAACCAAAGUAUCCACGGGCAAUACGAGUGGCACCAACACUGAGUCUAAAGAUGUCGGACCUGGUGAUGGGUCUAACAAUGGUAUAAACAUUCCAAAAGGAGCUGUGGCAAAUGGACGUGCCAAAUUUGAGGCCAACACCCAAAAGAGUGCCUCGCCCGAGAAACCCAUGAGGUUCUUCACGUCCCGAUCUCGCUCCAACUCUCCAAUGCUGUCGGUCAAGACGCCCAAGGUUCCCAACUCAAAUAAUGCAGCCAAGGACUCAAAUCCAACCCAAGGAGGAACAGUUUCUGGAACUGUUUCCAGUGGAACACCAAUUUUGGGCAAGAAGGCAAAAUCGACACCCGUGGCUACUCCCGGCUCAACAGCCUCGGUUGCCACAGGAAAUACAAAGACGUCCUUGGAAGUCACAUCCCCGACUUCCUUGAGCUCUGGAAAGUCCUUGCAGAUCUCUCCGUUGUCAACGGCCAAACUCUUUCCCAAGAUGAAGAGGUUUGUGCUGUGGGAGGAGAUGUGGAUGGACUACAAAUUUCUGGUGAAAUUUUUCUGGUAUUUCACUUAUCAAGAACGCUAUGCAUUGGCUCAAGUGUGCAAGCGUUGGCGGGAGGUUCUGUAUCAACCUUGUUUCUGGAGCGAGCUGAGGCCGGUUCUUCAUACUCGAACCAUCCGGAAUUGGACGGAUAAUGAGCCGAUGCUUCGCGAGAUGAAGCAACACUACUUCAACUCGCUCAAGCUCCGUGGAUUCGAGACAAUGGUCCUCCUCAAUGCCAACGACGCCGACGUCUUCGAUUUCAUUCAGAACUUUCCUCACGGUGCCAAACAUGUCUACGGACUCAUUCUCAGGUGUUGCAAUCUCUCGGAUAGGGGGCUGGAGGCGCUCGUGGAAUUCCUCCAAGGCCUCUACCAAUUGGAGAUUUGUGGAUGUAAUGAGAUCACCGAACAAGGCCUUUGGUCCAGCCUCCAUCCCCGACUGAUCUCUAUGACAAUCAAUGACUGUAUCAAUGUGGCAGAUGAAUGCAUUUGUGCCGUGACUCAGCUUCUGCCCUCCCUGUACGAGUUCAACUUACAGGCUUACCAUGUGACAGACUCGGCUCUGAGCUACUUCAGCCCAAAGCAAACGGGGACUCUCAAUGUCCUCAGGCUACAAUCAUGUUGGGAAAUCACAAACCAUGGCGUCGUGAACAUCGUUCACACCCUUCCAAACCUGACAGUUCUUUCAUUGUCUGGCUGCUCCAAGAUAACCGACGAUGGGAUCGAGCUCAUAGCGGAGAAUCUUCGCAAACUCCGAUCCUUGGACGUGUCUUGGUGCCCACGGGUCACCGAUGCGGCCCUCGAAUACAUAGCCUGCGAUCUCAAUCACCUGGAAGAGCUCACAUUGGAUCGAUGUGUGCACAUAACGGACAUCGGGAUUGGUUAUAUUUCCACGAUGCUAGCACUCCAUACUCUUUUUCUGCGGUGGUGCACUCAAAUCAGGGAUUUCGGGUUACAACACAUCUGUGGAAUGAGGUCCAUGCAGAUCUUGUCAUUGGCAGGCUGUCCCCUCUUGACUUCGAGUGGUCUCUCCAAUCUUGUGCAACUUCGUCAUCUCUCUGAACUUGAACUCACAAACUGCCCAGGGGCCACGACCGAACUCAUUGACUACCUUAGGCAGAAUCUUCCAAAUGCUCUAGUUUUGGACUAAACACACAGACAAAUCUUCAUUCACUGCUGAAUGGAAGUCCCCAUCUUUGGUAAAUGUUUAUAUUUUGUAUACCCAACAACUGUCCUCUCCCAGAAAAAAGAAAGCGUGGUCGUCAUCUCGAAAGUUGGAUCGUGCAAAAUAAAGUACAACCAAGUGACCCGAGCCCCCCCAAUUGUCCCACUGAUACCACUAGUAACAAGAAGAAAUUACCCCCCCACCCUCACCCCACCCUCUGUAAUCCAACUAUGAACACUCAAAUGUUCAAAAUGCCACUAUCUCAACCGUCAUAUCAUCACGCAUCCAUUAUUUCAUGUGACUGAUCCACCAGCCCACCCCUAAUCCCGAACUAGCCCUCCAAAAAUCAUGGAUUUUCUAACACUGUCGAAGUUUGUACGGAAUAGCUAUUUUUCUGAAGAGCACAUGGGUCGAACGUAGAAUGAACGGAUUCGGCGGGCCUUUGGAGGGAGUCCGGGAUGACACUAUUUAUGUAGAAAAGGAACGAGAUACAGCUAUACAGCUAUCCCCAAGAAGUUAUGUCGAUGUCAUUGUCUCCAUGUGUUCUAGUCAUUCAUGAAGUAUUGCCACUGAACCAAAGUAAUAAUAAUCCAUCAGUCCCUCUUGAGGGGAAUAAUCAUUUUCUUAGCACAAUUACUGCGCAUUAUUAGGACUCGUGUCCGGAUAUGUGGUGUCCAUUCGUUUCUGAUGUUCGCUGCAAUGGAAAGUCAGCAUGAUUUAUUUCGCUCAGUUGAACCCGCCCUCAAUUGUUUGUAAUCAAUUCAUUCCAAAGUGUACACAUUCGUUUCAGUCAGGUUUUGUGAUCAUUCCUUAAUUUCUUGUGGAUUAAUAAACUCAUUGCAAGACAAAAAGCGAA